AUGCUUCAAAAGUUGUAUGUAUUUUGUAUGUUUUCUUUUGAGGCUACUGUCCAAGACCAGAAAACUUAGUCUACAGUAGUCACCAGAGUUGAGCGGAAGAACACGGAAGAAUUUUUAUCUUUUUUAGAAAAUUUUUUCAUGAAAUGUGAUCAACUGACGAAAUGUAUAGCAAAAUUAACUCUGCUCAUGGAAAAAUAAUUGUAAAUUUAGCUUUUCAUACAACAAAGUUAUUCGAGUUUUUGCGUGAAAAAAGGGGGCCAACGGAACAACUCGAAUAUAACUUUUUUGUAUGAAUCGCUAAAUUUGCAAUUAUUUUUUUAUGAGCAGAGUUCACUUUGCUAUACAUUUCGUCAGUUGAUCACAUUCCAUGAAAAAAUUUUCUAAAAAAGAUAAAAAUUCUUCUCUUCCGCUCAACUCUGGUAGCCACCCCCCAUAUAUUGUCUAUUCAAUGCAACGUAUCUCGGCUGUCGGUGGCGAUAUCAAAAAGUUGUAAACUGAUGCAAUAAGCAAAAUGUCUUUCUGAACAAUUUGUCAGUUGACAACUUUUUUAUAUCUCCACCGACAACCGAGAUACGUGACUUUGAAUUGACAAUAUCUAGAAAAAUGCUACCUGCUUUCUUCCUCUUCACCAUCAAACAAACUACACAUUUUCACAAGCGCCAAAAAACCGAAACCAGUUUGUUUACGAAGCCGUUUCAUUCCAACGCACACAUAUAUAAUUUCAGCUGGCUCUCAGCGGCUCAGCUUCGAUUCGCACGCAUUCGAGCGCCGUCAUGUGCACCUGCACCGAGUGUAUAUAACUCGAUUUUGUUGGCAACUUUUGGAAGAAUGAAUGGCGUUCUCAAAAACGUUUCAUCCGCAACUUCUUCGUCGCUGCGUGGCCCUUCGACCAUUCAAUUCUCGCAACUUUUCACGGCGCGAAACGUCUACACCAUCCCGGCCUCGGUAUUCCUAAUCUGUCUCUAUGUGUAUCUUUUGGCCGGCAAAAAAGUGCACUACAUCCGUCCGUUCGUCCAUUUCCACGUCAUCAUGCACUCGAUCCUUCUCCUCUACCUCUUUUCCAUCGCCAUUCAUUCGAUUUGGCCGCAAAUGGAAACUAUGGCGCCAAUUGCGCGAAUCGCCACCUUCACCACCUCGUACUUGCUCGUUGUCGCUCAAUUUUUGCUGAAUUUGGUCAUGCUCCAAGUUUUCUAUCUCUUUUUCGCCGAGAAUCGACAACAUCGCGUUCGGAAGUGUUGUUGCAAGCUUCAGAGGUUGACAAAUAGUUGGAAAACGCAUUUGCACACUUUGAAUCUGUUUCAGACGGUCAAAAAUUUGGUUGGGAGCUGUAAUACUCUUGAUUUUCGAACUUUUACUCGUUGGUAAGUGCUUUUUCGCUCACAUUUCGCAAUUAGAGAGGACGUUUUGCAACUGAAUCUGUUGUUCACCAGAGUUGCGCGGAAGAACUCAACGCAAGAACACGGAAGAAUUUUUAUCUUUUUUAGAAAAUUUUUUCAAGAAAUGUGAUCAACUGACGAAAUGUAUAGCAAAGUGAACUGUGCUCAUAGAAAAAUAAUUGUAAAUUUAGCUUUUCAUACAAAAAAGUUAAGGGCUAACCGAAGUCGGAAGGACAUUUUCACGGAACAACUCGAAUAACUUUUUUGUAUGAAAAGCUAAAUUUACAAUUAUUUUUCUAUGAGCAGAGUUCACUUUGCUCUACAUUUCGUCAGUUGAUCACAUUCCAUGAAAAAAUUUUCUAAAAAAGAUAAAAAUUCUUCCGUUGAGUUCUUCCGCUCAACUCUGUUGUAUGUACACUAUCGGUUUUGCAACCGAUACGUUUCGUUAGACGUCCAGUUGCGAAACGUCCAUUGUUUUAGUUUUACACUAGACACUUUGCGCAACUGAUGUACGUUUCGCAACCAGACAAAUUUUGUUUCGAAUUCAUCAGUUAACUAACUAACUUAGGCCUCGAUUAAGAGUGCAGAGAUUAAUGUUUAGUUGCAAAGUGUCCAUGACGAAUCUUCCCAAAUUGCCAAAUCUUUUCCAUUUUCCAUGUGUUUCAGGAUCGCCGCAACGCGAAAUUCACGGACAUUUGGUGGCAAGUUCCGAACUUUGGAUCCCUCUGACUCAUAUUCAAUUCCAGAAAAUCGACCUAUCCUGCGUAGUGUCCCAUGCAAUUAUAGUCGCAAUGUUGAUUUGCUGGUUCACGUGGUGGGCGCUCGCCGGUCGGAACGCCAAAUUGACAAAUGAUCAGAUCGGGCACCUCGUCCAUUCCGUCGCUUUCGUCUUUGUUUCAACGGUGAGCCUCGUGGCUUGUUAGUUGCGAAACGUCCGGGCGCCCGAAAAAACAACAGUUCUCUUUUCAGAUGUGUCUAAUAGUUCGCCCGAUCGGCGAAGCAUUGAGCAGUGCUCCAGACGACCUCAUCCACGUGGCACUUUCGAUUCACUCGCUCUAUUACCUGCCAUUCAUAUGGAUACCAUCGGCGUUUGUGACUGCCAAUCCGAAACUUCAGAAAACGUUCGAAUGGCAAGAAACGCGACAGAUUGUCGAGUUCCACAUGGUCGCCGCCUGA